CGGCUCACGGGGGAAAACCCACCAAUCGCGACAUCAUCAACGACGCUGGUAAAAAACCCAGUACAAGUACACAACCUUCUCACAUCGCAGGAGAUCAACCAGACAACCAACCAGCCGGGCCAGCGCUCUACAGACUAGUACAGACUACAGAGAUCGGCAAGGCUGCAUGCUGGAACCAGAGACGCUGACGCCCCACUCCACCACCGAUCGAUCGCUGGUAUCCGAGGGGGAGGUUUUGUCCGUCCCCUCGUCCCCCGCACUGUUCGCGCUCGCUCGCCCGCUGCUCUGCUCGUCUCUUCCACCAUCAAAUGAUCACAUGCUGUCCAUCAACUCACCCCCGUCGUCUCGUGUGCGUGCAGCUUUCCCCCACGGCCUCCUGCUGCUGCCGACCCGACCCGACCUAGCGUCCCUCGCCAUCGCGCGAUCGUGAGAAAAAUCGGGUGUUAUUGUGUAGUAGAAAAAAAAACCGGUCCCGUCCUUUGAUUCCCUCUGCCUGGGCGCCGCCCGCUACGGGACGCGAGAGCAGCUACCAGCAACCCGACAAACCGCACAGGCGGCCUCCCCCUCCCGCGCGCGCCAGCGUCCAACGCUAACGGCGACCCGCGCCUCUCUCACAGUGUCUCUCCCGCUAGCGUUAUCAUCAUCAGCUGCGGGCUUGCUAUGCUAUGCUUGCUUGUUGCAGUGGUUUUGCCACGGAGAAGGGUCACCGGGAAAUUAUUGUUUAGGCUGACGUGAUGCUCCAGGGAGUCCUGUCGCGAGCUCCCGGCGCCGACGCGGCAGCGAUGAAGGCGAAGCGCGCGGCCGACGACGAGGAGGAAGGCGGCGAGCGGGAGCGCGCGCGUGGGAAGCGGCUGGCUGCUGAGGGGAAGCAAGGGUUAGUGGUGGUGAGUACGGGGGAGGAGGAGGAGGCGGCGGCGGAGACGCGUGGGCUGCGGCUGCUUAGUUUGUUGCUGAGGUGUGCGGAGGCGGUGGCGAUGGACCAGCUGCCGGAGGCGCGGGACCUGCUGCCGGAGAUCGCCGAGCUGGCGUCGCCGUUCGGGUCGUCGCCCGAGCGCGUCGCGGCCUACUUCGGGGACGCGCUGUGCGCGCGCGUGCUGAGCUCCUACCUGGGGGCCUACUCGCCGCUGGCGCUCCGCCCGCUCGCCGCCGCGCAGAGCCGCCGCAUCUCCGGCGCGUUCCAGGCGUACAACGCGCUGUCGCCGCUCGUCAAGUUCUCGCACUUCACGGCCAACCAGGCCAUCUUCCAGGCGCUCGACGGCGAGGACCGCGUCCACGUGAUCGACCUCGACAUCAUGCAGGGGCUGCAGUGGCCGGGCCUCUUCCACAUCCUCGCCUCCCGCCCCACCAAGCCGCGCUCGCUCCGGAUCACCGGCCUCGGCGCGUCGCUCGACGUCCUCGAGGCCACCGGCCGCCGCCUCGCCGACUUCGCCGCGUCGCUCGGCUUGCCCUUCGAGUUCCGGCCCAUCGAGGGGAAGAUCGGGCACGUCGCCGACGCCGCCGCGCUCCUCGGCCCGCGCCACCACGGGGAGGCCACCGUUGUGCACUGGAUGCACCACUGCCUCUACGACGUGACGGGCUCCGACGCCGGCACGGUGCGCCUGCUCAAGAGCCUCCGGCCGAAGCUGAUCACCAUCGUGGAGCAGGACCUCGGCCACAGCGGCGACUUCCUGGGCCGCUUCGUGGAGGCGCUGCACUACUACUCGGCGCUGUUCGACGCGCUGGGCGACGGCGCGGGGGCCGCCGAGGAGGAGGCGGCGGAGCGGCACGCGGUGGAGCGUCAGCUCCUCGGCGCGGAGAUACGGAACAUCGUCGCCGUCGGGGGCCCCAAGCGCACCGGCGAGGUGCGCGUCGAGCGGUGGGGCGACGAGCUGCGGCGAGCGGGGUUCCGGCCGGUGACCCUGGCCGGCAGCCCCGCCGCGCAGGCGAGGCUGCUUCUUGGCAUGUACCCAUGGAAGGGCUACACUCUCGUCGAAGAGGACGGCUGCCUCAAGCUCGGGUGGAAGGACCUGUCCCUGCUCACCGCCUCGUCGUGGGAGCCGACAGACGGCGACGCCGACGCCGACGUCGCCGUCGCCGGCGAUACCCACCAUGAGAGCCACGAUUCUUGAUCACAUGAUCGCAGUAGCAGCCAGGUCGAUUCACCUGUCGCAGCUUUUCUUGGUCAUAUUCAUUAUCCUCUUUCUGCUAGCUACUUCAUUCGAUCGUUCUUCCUCCUGUGAGUAGUAUUUUGGCCGAUGAUUAAGCUUGUAAUAUAAUCGUAUAGGCUUCAUCAUUCGUUCCCUCUCCAGGUUGCCAUGAACAACACCAUUUCAAUUACAAAAUAGAACUCUUCUACCUCCAAAAAGAACUUGAACUUUCGUGAGCAAGAUAUCCGCAAAGUCGCAAUCUGCAUCA